UCAGGGGGUUCCAUGCCCCGAGUCAAACCGCUGAAAUAUACCUUCGAAAAAGAUAUUGUAUUAUAUGCGCACUUCAAUAAGCUGCGUUAUUUUUCAACCGAAUGCCGAUAUGCCCGUGAUUCAUUUCGUAGUUACAUAAGAACCUAUGUGAAGGAGCUGGAACGAAUACGGCCAAAAGCGAUUCUUGAUUUGAUCCGGUCCGGUGAAUCGAUCUGUGUGCGUACCAAUGUCUCGCUUCCGGUGCUCAGUGCAUGCGAAAGGUGUGGUUAUAUGUCAUCGCAAAAAAUUUGCAAGGCUUGUCUUUUGCUGCAAGGUCUCAACACAAACAAUCAUAAAUUGGGCGUAAAUUCGCGACAAGAACGAUUCCUGGUCGAAUUUAUUUUGAGUCGAAGAAGAUCACGUGGAUACGUGGAGAUAACAUUUGGAUACCGCGCAGUCACGUGGCCCUCAUGUGGAUAUCACGCAGCCAGCUUUGUGGAUAAUUAUAUCCACGUAAAUAUACUUGAGUAA